AUGAGUUCGUACGUAGCCAAUUCGUUCUAUAAGCAAAGUCAAAAUGCUCCUGCCUAUACCAUGCAAAGUUAUGGGAAUUAUGGAUCUGUGUCUGAGGUUCAGUCAUCCAGGUAUUGCUACAGUGGGCUGGAUCUAAGCAUCACAUUCCCAUCCUCUGGUUCUUCCAACUCUCUGAACGGUUUGGACAUGUCUUCAAGCCCUAGAACUAACCCCGACCGACCUUCCUGUACAGUCAUGGGUUCUUCAGGGCACUCUCUAGCCAGAGACGACCAGACUCCUCUAAACCCAGGAAUUUACAGUCAGAAGGCUGGUAACACGGCGUUGGAGGACAGAUCUAAGAGCACUGGCGAGAUCAAAGCGGAGCCGGUGCAAACUACACAACAAGGAGGGCAACAACUGCAGCAGCAGCAACCACCACAAAUAUAUCCGUGGAUGACCAAACUACACAUGAGCCAUGAAACAGAUGGCAAACGUUCCAGAACUAGCUAUACUCGCUACCAAACUCUGGAACUAGAAAAAGAAUUUCAUUUCAACAGAUACCUCACACGCCGGAGGCGCAUUGAAAUUGCCAACAACCUGUGCUUAAACGAAAGGCAAAUCAAAAUCUGGUUUCAGAACCGGAGAAUGAAGUGGAAGAAAGAUUCCAAAUUGAAAAGCAAAGAUUCUCUCUAA